GAAACAUCAGGUACACUACCAAAUUUCCAUUUGUGAACCUUGGAACAGACCUUGGACUCUCAAGGUUUCUAAAAUUCCAGGUUCUGGCAUUGACGCUGCGUCUCAAACAGGUAAAGUAGUUUGAGAUCUUGGCACUUUUCUUCUUCGUGUGUGAUCACUGUUCCUGAAUUUCUCAAACCACCAUCACCACCUCGGUCACUCAGUCUACUGCACCCCCAUCACCCUUCCACCCUUCCACCCACCCACACCACUCGCUUCAACCCUUUGGAAUUCGGAACGGGGAAGCGUGACUUUUUGGGUCUCUCCCGUCUGUCCGGUCAAGCUCCCGAUCUGGAUACAACCGCUAUCACCGUCUGCGCACACCGGGUAUAUUCCCUCCCCAGACCCGAGUACAGUUCUUCUCGCCCGCGACAUCCCCUUCUUGAGUCAGAACCAGACGGACGGCCAACUUGGUCCUUGUGGAUUUCGCCUCAACACAAGGAUAUGAUCUCGACAAAGAGCUGCUACAUCUCUGAAUCGCUACCAUAACGUAUCGUUACCAAACAUCACCAUCCUCAGCCAAGCGUAACCUCAACAUAUCUUCACUCUCAAUCUCAAUUUUUGAGUCAACCCACACUCAAAAUGGACCACCCAACGCUCCUCCCCACCUCUCCCUCAAUGACCUACGUCUUCUCCCCCGACCAACACGGCCACCUCGUCCCAUGGAUCGCCGCCCUGCACGCCUCGUGCAUGACCAUGGACCGGAUGAUCGGGCCCUUCUUGCCUCCUCUCGAAAACGGCAAGCUUCUGGGAUGGUGGAGGGAGCGAAUCGCCGAGUCCAACCAGGGCACGCGCGUCAUCGUCCUGCUCCUCCCCGAGACUCCUCCCGGCAGCAAGCCGGUGGGCAACGACCUACGAGGACUGGCAAUGCUCAAGCUAAGCGACACGGAGACGGGUUCGUUUAGGGGCAAGAUCGAUACCUUGUUGGUGAAUCAGAAAUAUCGGAGGCAGGGGGGCGCCAAGGCGUUGGUGGAUGCGUUGGAGUAUGAGGCUGCCAGGAGGGGGAGGACUUUGUUGCGUGUCAACACCGAAACAAACUCCCCCGCCGAAGCCGCCUUCAAAAAGUUUGGCUACAUCGAGUUUGGCCAAGUGCCCCAGUUCAGCAAAGCCGUCGUUCCUCAAGGCAGCCUCAAGAAGAGCGAAACGUUUUUCUACAAGGAUCUUCUCGCGUUUUCGCAGCCGCCAUCUGGUUCUUCUUCUAACUCGUCCUAG